CAGCGUCGAGCACCAUUUCCUUUAGCUGCUGGAACUUGGAUUGAUUCCAAUGGUGAUUGGGGACCUCAACGUACAUACCGGUUCCUUAAUAACUGGAAUCCUACCAUUUUAUUGGCGACUCGCUCAAAUCACGACUGCAAGCUCAUUACGAAUGGCGAGGGAACAAAACACAUUGCAUGGUAUAUCUCGUCCUACGCUGCGAAACGACAGCAGCACUCCUGUAAUGCAUCAGCCCUUUUAGCAAAAACAGUGGCAUAUCAUCGGCGAGAUGAAGCUCAUAAUAGUGAUAUCCGAACUCUGAACAAACGAUUGCUACAACGGUGCGCUAAUGCUCUUAGUUGCGAGCAGGAGUUCAGCGCACCAGAGGUCAUAAGUGCUACCAGAUCCGCUGUCAUGUCUUCGUCUUGUGAGUAG